UGUACUGCAUCCUGGAGUACAGCUAGCAGCUUUUGGCCUUUGGAAUCGAUUGAGAUACAGCUGUGACAAAAUGGAUGAAUGCUCUUUCUAAACAAUUAAAAUACCCUCAGUGUACAGAGGGGGGACCUCAAACCUGUGUGCGAGAACAGUGUAUGAUUCCAGGUGUUACAGUACUUCAGAAACAUAGCUCUGGUUCUCAUCCUUUGGGCACUUCUGUUGACUCCAGUGAUACGGUAGAGAGCAUGGCUUCGGGGCCCCCGGCGCCCUGAGGGGGCAGAGCCUGCACCCUCGCCUGGGAGAGGGUAUCCUGGAGAAACUGGACUCCAUGCACCUGCCUGAAGAUGAGCUACAAUGCUUCCAAAAAUGCAGCAACCACAGCAGCAGAAUCACUAUGAGCAAGACCGGAGUGCACUUAAGCGGAAAGAAUGGGAGAGAAGAAACCAAGAAGUCCAGCAAGAUGAAGAUCUCUUUGCUUCAGGUUUUAACCUCUUUGGGGAACCCUACAAGACAAAUAAAGGUGAUGCUCUUGCAAACCGUGUCCAGAACACGUUGGGAAACUAUGAUGAGAUGAAGGACCUGCUAACUAACCAUUCCAAUCAGAGCCACCUUGUAGGAAUCCCAAAGAAUUCUGUCCCACAGACGCCCAUCGACAAAAAUGAACAGACCUUUUUCCCGGAACAAAGAAACAGGAUGAUCCCAUCUCAUCAGAUCAGUGGCCACUCAUCGACAUCAAUGCCUCCACCUUCUUCAUUAUCAUCUAAUUCUACUUUGCUACACGGUCACCAGAGCAGCAGGAAGUCGAGGACAGACUGGUCACGUGGUGGGCACAACUCUAGUGGGGCCCAGCCAAGCCAAUCCAGUAGUCAGCAGAGUAGGACAAAGCAUAGCUCUUCUCAUGACCAGCCGCAGGGCAGGUAUGAAGACCUCUACAAUUGUCAGAGUGAGCAGCAUAAAAGUGGAGGAACUGAGGAAGCAAAUUCUAUGGCAGCGUCUUCACAUUCAAGGCGGCAUAAUCAUUCAAAGUCAGCAGCUGGAGAACAUACAUACAAAGAAAACAGUCAUUCAAAGUCACCCACAGAGCUUGAGUUUGUAAGUCAUGGUCCUGGAUCUCCACUUCCUUCCACAUCUUUGUUAUCUGCAAACAAUGGUCUUUCGACCCAGAAUUUCCCACCAGGACUUCACUGUAAAAACAGCAUGGUCCAGCAAAAGCCUACGGCGUAUGUUAGGCCUAUGGAUGGUCAAGACCAGGUACCCAAUGACUCGCCUGAACUGAAACCUCCGAUAGAAAUUGAGAGUGGAUAUGGAAAUCAGUCCUUUGGAACGCUGUUGGAAGGAAAAGUGAACACCCCUAGUUCGAAGAACAAAGUACCAAAGCUUAACAUUCCUUCUGUUGGUGAAGUUACGCUUCCCAAUGACUCCAGCUGUGUGGAAGAAAUAUUGCGGGAGAUGACCCAUUCCUGGCCUCCUCCUCUUACUGCUAUUCACACUCCUGGCAAGGCUGAGCAGACCAAGUUUUCUAUCCCAAGCAAGGUACAAGACUCCCAACAUCUGACCUCAGGAUACAAUGUACAAAAGUGGAGCGAUCCAGCAGGGAAAGUUGCAACUAAGUCAGUGCCACAAAAGUCAAUGCUUGAGGAUGAUCUGAAACUCAGCAGUGAUGAAGAUGACAAUGAACAGGCUGCUGAAAAGACAAAAUUGAGAAACAUUCCUGUAAACGGCCUGCCGGUGCCAGCAGCACAUGCGGCUGGCUUGGCCCAUUCCAGCGGUGGCUCUGGGAGCUCCAGCGAGUCCGAGAGCAGCUCUGAGUCUGACUCCGACAGUGAAAGCAGCUCCAGUGACAGCGAGUGCAAUGAGGAGUCACGCAGUGCCACACCGGAGCCUGAACCCCCUUCGACAAACAAAUGGCAGCUGGAUAAAUGGCUGAAUAAAGUGAACCCCCACAACAAGACCAUCAUCAACAAUCAAAAUGAGCCUCACAGCGAGACCAGCUCCCAGCCACAGAGCAGCCAGCAGGCCGAAGGGCAAAACAAAGGGAAGCUCAACAACAGCCUGCCCCCGACCGAUUCCAAAGACCGGGCGAUCCUCAGUCCCAUCCGAGAGAAAGCCAAACCACGGGUUGCCCAGAAAACCCCAGAGGCAAAAAGCUCCAAGCAGAAGUCGCCAGCUCAUAAUGAGCCAACUUCACAAAGGACUACUGGGAAAAAGCAACCCAAAAAGGUAGAAAGGACUUCCAGUGUAGAAGAGUAUAACUGGCCCAAACCAAAUAAUACCAGCAACACUCCCAAAGAAAAAGACCCGCAGGAACCCCCCGAGCAGCCAAAGGUUCGAACUAAAGCAGCAGUUGGGAAGACCGCUCCAAGGAAGGAACCACGAACGAGCACAGGUCUCACUUCGGAGAAGAAAAAGUACAGAGGCCCCAGCAAAAUUGUCCCCAAGUCCCGGGAAUUUAUCGAAACUGAUUCGUCUACUUCUGACUCAAAUACAGACCAGGAGGAGAGCUUGCAGGCUAAGAUACUGCCAGCUUGCAGUGGGCCGGCGAAUGGCAUCAAAGUGAAGGACUCUGGCAGUAACAUCCUCAGUGUAAGUAGCUUAACUAGCAAUGGCAGCAACACAUCCAUCGACCAGACCAGCAAUGACUUGGAGGAGCAGCUCUUUUCUCCUAUCCCAAUCGUACAAAAUGAACUUCUGUCCCCACUGAGAGAAUAUGAAGAACUCAAAUCUCUUUGGGUGAAAAUAGAUCUUAGUUUACUCUCUAGGAUACCUGGGCAAGAGCCUUUCGAGACCACAUCUGUGAAAACUGAACCAAGAGAGGGAAAUGUGAAACACAGACGACCAUCUCGAGAGUCCCCUACCCCAGCAGCUGAAAAACCAUCCACAAAAUCCAAAAGGAAACACAAGCAGUCGGAAAACCUGGAUACCUUUGUUGAAACCAAGAAGCAGCGCCUGGAGGACCCUUCAGCUUCGUGCUUGCUCCCACCUUGUAUCUCUCCAAUACCGAAUCACAGAUUAACCAGCACUAAAGAGAACAGCAAUAGCUCAGUGAAGAAGGUGGCAAAGAAAAGAGAAGAGAAGCUGUUCCCUCCUCCGUUAUCCCCCCUCUUGGAUGAGCCCGUGCACCGGCGGCACAGCAGCGACAACAGCUCCUUCAGCCAAGAGACCAACAUCACAAACACCUCUCAGACCAGCAGCUCUUCCUCUUCUGUUUCUAAACACAGAAAGAAUGAAAAUAAAUCCUCUUCUAACCCCAAAGGAGUCUGUGAGGAAGAAUCCCACAAUGCACCAACAGCCAAUGCUCUUCUUGAUACCAGCCAUCUAGAAACAGACAUCUGGUCUGCAAUGCCAACUCUUUCUAAUGGGAAUUCUGAGCCCAGAAGACCUAAAAUUACAUUUGAUGAUGUGCUCCACAACGCAGAUUAUUACAUGCAAGAGGCUAAGAAGCUAAAGCAUAAAGCAGACGCAUUGCUGGAGAAGUUUGGCAAAGCAGUGAAUUAUGCUGAUGCUGCCCUCUCCUUCAUCGAGUGCGGGAACGCUAUGGAGCGAGAUCCAUUAGAAGCUAAAUCUCCAUACACCAUGUACUCGGAGACUGUGGAACUCAUCAGGUAUGCAAUGAGACUCAAGAAUUUCACAGGCUCUUCUGCCACAGAAGGGGACAAGAAACUAGCAGUUUUAUGCUACCGAUGCUUAUCGCUUCUCUACUUGAGAAUGUUUAAACUAAAGAAGGACCAUGCUAUGAAGUACUCCAGAUCUCUGAUGGAAUAUUUUAAGAACUCUUCAAAAGCCUCACAGGCCCCCUCACCUUGGGGCGGCAAUGGAAAGAGCACAGAAACGCCAUCGCCCAUGUCCCUGAGCCCGUCCCCUGUCAGCUCUGCUGGAAGCAGUGUGGGCACCGCUGGCUCCUCCUCGGCAGGGACCAUCACCAUCCCUCAGCGCAUCCACCACAUGGCUGCCAGCCACGUCAACAUCACCAACAACGUCCUGCGGAGCUAUGAGCACUGGGACAUGGCUGACAAGCUGACGAAGGAGAAUAAAGAAUUCUUUGUAGACCUGGACUCAGUGAUGGGACCCUUAACACAACACAGCAGUAUGACCAAUCUGGUUCGUUACGUUCGCCAAGGACUCCACUGGCUCCGCAUUGAGGCUCAUUUGUUGUAGUGACUGCUGCCCUGCUCAUAACAUCCCCAUUCUUCUACCUCUACCAGCGCACAGACGAUCACUGGUGGAACUCCACUCAUUUCUGGAAGUUUAUUCAUGUAACUUCAUUUUUAUUGCCUUUUUUAAUAUCCUAUCUAUUGGAAGUAGAAGUCACCAUAAAUGGAACUUAUGACUCAAGAGCAGUAUGUGUUGUACCAUCUAAUCAUUUUCGACAAUUUUCUAUGCCUUGUGUCUCCUGGAUCCUGCCAUCCUUAUGUGCUUUAUGGAACGGUACAUUCCCUGCAGUAUUGUUUUAAGUCCAUGCUGCCUUCAAGUGAAAACAAAAAAGCACUUUGAGAAGAUAUGGAUUCCUGAGAAAUAGUACAAACAGUCUUAAAUAUUUGAGGGUAUAUAUGAUAAGCCCCUUCUGAAAUAAAUUAGUAGAAGUUAUAGCUAUUCACUCACAAUCAUUUUCUGAACCUGAACCAAGCUUUUUGCCACUUAAUUCUGGCAUCAUUACCUUACACAGUAUGUUGCUAAGAUUUCAUACUUCCUAUAGGCUUAAUCUCUAAAAGAGAACAUUGAAUAUCUUACAGGUACAUAAUGUAAGAUCACCAAAGCUGUUAAGAGGUAAAAGGUUGAAGGAAUGCCUCAUUAAAGAAAGAUGACACACUAUGCAAUGAGGUUUUGAUAUUCCAUUCUACCUGUUUAUUGUUGGCUUAAUAAUUUCAGUAGGCAGCACAAUUUAUUGCAGUUUUUAGGCAAUUUCAAAAUAUUAGCUUUCAUAGUCUCAUCUACCAUUCCUAUACUAAAUCUGUGAUUUUUCUUUCAGUUUUGCUGUUUAGUCUCAAACAAAUACUCAUCCAAGAUUUUUCUUAAUAGAACAAUCUCUUCUUGCAUAGUGACUCAGUGAAAGCAGAUUUUAACAGGAAUGCUACACUCUAAGCAUUGAUAUUGUAUGUAAAAAUCCAUUAAUAAGUGUAUGCAGAUUCUUCAUGAAACUCUAUAGAAGUUUAACUAACCAGCUACUGUUGAAACAUUAUAAUUCCGUGUGGCAUCAAUUUACACCUGUUUUGUUCAUUUCGGAGCAUUAGAAACAAAUAGUAUUACCUUGCUAUCAUGAAAACAAUGACAAAUUAAAUAAAAUCAACAGAUUUACCCAAAAGCAAUAUAACAUUUGUUUAAUAAUGGCCAUGAAUACUUCAGUCAAAUUACCUAUUUUCUAAGCUCUGAAUCUAUUUACCCAUGCUGUCAUGUUUUGGACCAUUCCUCUAAUGUGUGAAUAAUAAUGAGACAAUUCAGAUAGAAUUUCAAAGCAAUUGUGAAUAAAUUACACCAUUUCACA